AUGGAAGCAGUGUCCAAAAGGAAAUGUGGUGUCUUUUUUUUAUACGGUUACGGUGGAACUGGAAAGACAUUCAUGUGGAACACACUUUCAGCAGCUUUGCGUUCUAAUCGGGAAAUAGUUUUGAAUGUCGCAUCUAGCGGAAUCGCAAGUCUACUUUUGCUUGGAGGGAGAACUGCACAUUCAAGAUUCAAAAUACCUGUUCCAUGCUUAGAAUCAUCAAUUUGUAACAUUGACAAAAAAUCAGACCUAGCUGGAUUGUUGCAAAUAACUAAUCUUAUCAUUUGGGAUGAAGCUCCUAUGGCUAGCAAAUUUUGUUUCGAAGCUAUUGACAAGUCUUUGAAAGAUAUCAUGGGUCAUGACAAGGUUGCUUCUAAGACAAUUUUUGGAGGAAAGGUUGUGGUCUUUGGUGGUGAUUUCAGACAAAUUCUACCUGUUGUUCCUAGAGGAACCCGGUCUGACAUUGUUCAUUCAACAAUAAAUGCGUCAUAUAUUUGGGAUCAUUGCAAAGUUCUAACGCUCACAAAAAAUAUGCGUUUGGUAUCUGGGACAAAUUCAACAAAUGCAGAUGAAAUAGACCGCUUUUCUAAGUGGAUAUUACAAGUUGGAGAUGGAAAGAUAUCUGAACCAAAUGAUGGAUAUGCUGAAAUUUGUAUUCCACCUGAGUUACUUCUAACAGAUUAUGUAAACCCAAUUGAGAAGAUUGUUACAAGUACCUAUCCGAAUAUCCUUGAUAAUUACACAAAUUCAACUUUCCUUCAAAGUAGAGCAAUAUUAGCUUCAACCAUCGAAGUUGUGGAUGAAAUCAAUGAUUACCUAAUAAAUCUUCUACCAGGUGAUGCAAAGGAAUUUUUAAGUAGUGACUCAAUUGACAGGGCCGAAGCUAAUGACAAUGAUGGUUUUGAGCAUUUGACACCUGAAUUUUUAAGUUGUUUGAAAUGUUCUGGUUUGCCAAAUCAUUCAUUGAAGCUAAAAGUUGGUACUUGUGUGAUGUUGAUAAGGAAUUUGGAUCAAUGUGAAGGUCUUUGCAAUGGUACAAGAUUAACGGUAACUAGACUUGCAAAUCAUGUCAUCGAAGCCAAGAUUAUAUCAGGUACCCAUAUUGGAAAUACUAUUUACAUCCCAAGAAUGUCUUUAUCUCCUUCUCAAUCACCUUGGCCAUUCAAACUCAUUCGAAGACAGUUCCCCAUCAUUGUUUCAUUUGCUAUGACCAUAAAUAAAUCUCAAGGCCAAUCGUUAGACUAUGUUGGUCUAUAUUUGCCUAAAGAUGUCUUUAGUCACGGUCAACUAUAUGUGGCUAUGUCAAGAGUGAAGAGCAAAAAUGGGUUGAAAAUCUUGAUUCACGACAAAGACAAGAAACCAUUAUCUCAAACAACUAAUGUGGUCUUCAAAGAAGUGUUUCAUAAUGUUGUAUAG